AUGGUGAAGGAGGCGCCCACCACACCGAGCGCCAAGGGCAAGGGCAAGGGCGCCGCGUCCGCCUCCGCGCCGACGCCGCCGUCCAAGUCCGCCCCCGGAUCGGCCAGGCGCAAGAGGGUGUAUAAGAAGAAGAAGGCCGAUCCGGAGAAGAAGAAGGCGGCCGCCGCCGCUGCAGUCGCGGCCUCCGCCGACGCACCUGCUUCGGGGCCCACGCCGGUGGUUCCCGCUCCGGCCGACGUCGGGGCUUCGGCCGCCCUUGUGGUCGCCGAGAACGGCGGCGCUGAUGGGAAGAUGGUCGCCAAGGCCAACGGUGAUGGCGAUAAGUCCGUCGCCAAGGCCAACGGUGAUGGCGAUAAGUCCGUCGCCGAGAACAAGGGUGAUGGCAGUAAGUCCGUCGCCGAGAACAAGGGUGAUGGCAGUAAGAUGGGCAGUGGGAACAGCAGUGCUGACAGGAAGAGGGGCAGGAAGGAUAAGAUGAGGGGGAGGGCGAAGGGGGAAGGACAGGGGAGGGUGAACCCGAAGGUGGAGGAGAAGGAGAAGAAGGACGAUGCAGUGGGGGAGGAGAGGGGCAGUGCUGGGUUUAUCUUCAUGUGCAGCGCAAAGACGAAGCCGGAGUGCUUCCAGAACAGUGUGUUUGGCUUGCCCAAGGGGAAGAUAGAUGUGGUGGAGAAGAUCCGACCAGGGGCGAAGCUGUUCCUGUAUGACUUUGACCUGAAGCUUCUCUAUGGGGUGUACAAGGCAACGGCAAGAGGAGGGAUGGAUCUUGUGCGACGUGCGUUCAAUGGGAAAUUCCCUGCUCAGGUCAAAUUCAGGAUUGAUAAAGAUUGUCUUCCGCUUCCUGAGAGUAGUUUCAAGCAUGCCAUUAAGGAGAACUACAAUUCAAAGGGAAAAUUCACCCAAGAGCUCAAUUCUAGACAAGUCCGUAAGCUACUAGCACUAUACAAGCCAGUUAACAUACAUCGGCCAUCUUCCCAACAUGUUCAAGAAGUUCGUCGGACAAACCGUGUUGAGGGGCGCAUGCCUCACUAUGUUGAAGAAAGGCGACAGCCAUAUGAUUAUGAAGAAAGGCGGCUGCCACGACAUCAUGAAGAAAUGCAACACCCACAAUUUGUUGAAGGAAGGAGAUUAGCCUAUGAUUAUGAAGAAAGAAGGCCAUCACUCCAUGUUGAGGAAAUUCGACGCCCACAGUUUGUUGAAGAAGUUCAGCCACCUACAUACUAUCAUGUUGCUCCUGCUCCUCAUGGUUCUUACCAUCCACAUCAAGCUAAUGUCAUUUAUGAAAGGGCUCCAGGUGAUCCCGCUAGCAGGGUGGAUCCAUUCCUUCCAAGAGACUACAGGCUGCCGCCACAGGAGGUAGCCGCGCACCCCAGCUACGCUGACGAGAUCUACCGUGGUGCUGCUUACCCAGCCGCUCAGGACCCGUCCUACGCGGCCAGGCCCGCUGCUUACCCGGCAAACCUCCAGGGGCCUGCUGCUUCAAGGGUGCCGGUGUCCUCCCUCUACUCGUUCGCCGGAGCACCGGCGUACAGAUGA